AUGUCACUUUUCGUGCAACGGGCUUUCCUUUUGAAGAGAUUUUAUUUGAAAGCUUUCGGAGUUUGUUUAAGAAUUUUACAUAACAAAAGCUUACUCUCAACAAGCUGUAGAAGAUUAUAUCCUUCUCUUAUUGGUACAAGAGGUUGUACAAGACCCAAGGUUAUAACAUAUUUGAGAAUUAGAUUUAUUAGCUACACCAAUGGCUUCAUUUUUAUCCGCUUUAGAUGAUGUAACCGUAACUUGUAACGUUUCAGUUGCGUCAAGAAGUUGCGCCCAAGCAAGGGGCGAGAAGAUUCUGCACUGCAAGGUAAGCAAAGAUUUCCCAGUCACAGCUUGUUAUCAAGUUAAAACAGUUUGUGUUUUUAAUAUAUAUAUAUAGGAUGACCAAUGAUUCUUCGUGUCUUUCUUUUGCUGUUUGUCGUUUACUUUAGUGGUUUUUUUUUUAUCAGCAGUACUUUAGAUGAUAUAUCAUACCACAAUAUUGCAGAUGAAACACUUGAUGCAAUUGCAGAACUAUUUGAAGACCUUGGUGAAAGUCCUUCAAGUCCUACAGACUAUGAUGUUCAGUUAAGUGUAAGGCUGAGUCUUUGCCCUGAUGGUAAACUCGUGUUAUGUAAUGGGUCAUCCAUUUUUUUAUUGCGUUAUUCUAAUUUUUAUCUUUUAUUAUUUUUUCACUCUGAAGGAUGGAGUACUUACCGUUAACUUAGGAGGUAAUUAUGCACAUGUCAUCGGCUUGCCCCAAGGGUAGACCCCUGGGCCAACCAGGGGGAUUGUAAAGUGGGUGGAGCAAAGUUGGGGAUUUCCCCCAGUGGUGGGGGAAUUUAAUAAGACAAAUUGCCCUGAGUCAAGUGCUUCUCAACAAAAAAUCCCCGUGAUAUCCACCUCAUAUAACUGGGAGGGGGUGUUUUUAUGAUAUUUAAGGAUGAAAUUUUACUCAUUCGUGUUAGGCUUGGAGAAGCAAUACAACAUCUUUAUUGAACAAAAAUCUCUAUAAUGAAAGAACACCUGAAGACAGAUUCACUAAGGUUAGGAGAGACUGAUAGUUUUUCUAUAGACUACUUAAGAUGACCUGAAAUAAUCUACCCCAUGAUGCUAAAAAAUCAAUGGACUUUCAUGUAUGCUGUUGUUGGGAUGUCUUGUGUUGAAUGAUAUUGAAUCACAUUCCUAGUCCUCAAGAGAGACAUCUCCUCUCCUCUCCAGGCCUCUCUCUGUAGUCACGUACAUGUGCAGAGAUGGGUGAAAGCUUGUAUUCCUCUUUUCAUCACUGGAUGUUGCCCAUAAUAAUGGUUUGAGGAAAGCGAUAAAUCCCUGUGAUAUCUCCAUGGCUACCAUCCGCAAUUUUACAAAAUUUGCAAUUCCCCCACCCUCUUCCCUUUGAACUUAAAACAAUGCUGUGAAUUUUCCCCUCCCCAGGGGCAGAGAAUCCAAUCUAUCCCCUUGUAUUCCCCAACAUAUUCCCAUGGUUGGCCCGGGGGUCUACCCCUGGAGCAAGCCGAUGACAUGUGCAUCAAAACUUCUUAAUAUGUUAGUAUAUGGCCAUAGGCAGACCUAUUUUAUUGAUAGUUUUAAGGAAAUACCCAGAAAGAAGCCUCCUUUAAUAUACUCUAGAAGGAGGAAGAUGAUGGUUACAAAUUUCCAAUCAGAGGGGUUUUCUUGGUGUGUAUGGAAUAUGUUUUGGUUUAGAACUUCCCCCGUGUAGGUCCCCCCACCCCAAACUCCUCUGGAAAUGCUUGUUAAGUUUCAUGAUAAUAUUUUCUUUAAGCUUUGAAGACCCCCUCUCCCUCAGAAUUUCCAAUGACCAUCCAUGAUUUUUUUUCUGAAACCACAUGAUACAUAGUACUAUAGUACUUUCAUGUUAGAGAGAAGUGUGACAAAUUUUUAUCCUCUUUCACCCACCUUCAUUAAUAUUAUUUUUAAGCGCUCCCUUACUUUGCACUUGCUGAUACAGUCGAACCUCCUGUAAGCCACCACCCAAAAUGCCAAGAUUUAGUGGUCAAGAUUUAGUGGCUUAUGAGGUGGUUGUUUAUGAGAGGAUCUAUUAUAGGGCUUGGACAGGGAAAAAUUGAUGUUUUGGAUAGGUUGUAGCUUAGGUGUGGUGGUGUUUUCACUAAGUGUUUUUUGUAUUUUUGUUGUUUUUGCAGCUGGCCGUGGCAUAUAUGUAAUAAACAAACAAAGCCCCAAUAAGCAAAUAUGGCUGUCGUCUCCUACCAGGUAAAAACAUUAACUGCUGCAUUGUGAUCUCAUUAUCACCUGAUUCAAACUGUUCAUUAUUUCUCUCUCAAUGACGUUUUAGUGGCCCUAAAAGGUAUGACUUCACGAGUGGAACUUGGAUGUAUGCUCAUGAUGGUGUUAGCCUCCACAGUUUGCUUUCAUCAGAAAUUUCUGGUGUACUUGGCCAUGAAGUUGACUUUACUCGUCUUACAUAUGGUGCGGCGGAUGAAUUAUGA